UGACAUUUGAGGCAAACAAAAGAAUUUAUGGUGAUAUUUCCUUAUUUAAGAAGCAAGUUCCCUACAUUGGUAAAAAACCUAUCAUCAAUAAUUAUGAAUAAAUCAAAUAAAACGAACAACCCAACAAAAGCUAAAAUUAAUUUGAAUGCUAGUUGUAAAGUUAAUCUAACCAAUGCAAAACAAAAAUUUUAUGUGUUAGAAACACCAACAAAAAGCGAUAGCGAUAAAAAAGAAUAUAAAGUAAUUCGUCUUGGAAACGGUUUGACAGCUUGUCUAAUAUCAGACAAAAGUCCUAUCGAGAAUGAAGAUUUUGAAGAAUCUGGUUCUGAGUCAGACUCUGCUUCUGAAGAGGAUUCCACGACAGAAAGUGAGGGGACUGAAGAAAGCAGCGACGAAGAACAUGUUGGCUCUAAAGGAUCUAUAGAACAGAAAAUGGCUGCGGCGGGUUUGUGUAUUGGAGUAGGCAGUUUUAGUGACCCUAAGAAUGUGAACGGAAUGGCUCAUUUUCUUGAACAUAUGGUGUUUAUGGGCAGCGAAAAAUUUCCUGAAGAAAAUGACUUUGAUUCCUUUAUAAAAAAAGGGGGCGGUCAUGAUAAUGCCUCCACAGAUGCAGAAACUACGAUCUUUUAUUUUGAGUGCCUUGAAAAAAAUUUGCUUGAAGGUUUAGAAAAGUUUGCUCAAUUUUUUAUAUCACCCUUGAUGAAAAGAGAAGCUAUGACGCGGGAGAGGGAGGCAGUAGAGUCUGAGUUUCAGAUGGCAGUCAGUUCUGACAUAUCCCGAAUAGAACAACUAUUAUGCAGCUUUGCAACCAAAAAUUCGCCAGUUAAUUCUUUUCCUUGGGGCAAUUUAAUAACACUAAAGGAAAACAUAACAGAUGAUGAGCUUUAUAAAGGUGUGCACGAGUUCAGAAAACGCCACUAUUCAGCCCAUAGAAUGACAUUGGCCAUUCAGGCAAGAUUGCCAACUGAAGAAUUGGAGGAAUAUGUGCUUCAAUGUUUCUCUGAUGUUCCUACCAAUGGUCUGCCUGGAUAUGAUUAUUCAAAAUAUGCUGAAAAUAUAUUUGACACUCCUGAAUUCAACAGAGUAUACUACAUAAAGCCCAUAAAAGAUUUACGUCAAAUAAAUCUCACUUGGGCUUUGCCAUCUCUGAAAUCUAAAUAUAGAAGUAAGCCGCAUCAUUAUAUAUCCUACCUACUUGGAGAUGAAGGCAAGGGGAGCUUGCUCUCGUAUUUAAAAAAAGAAGUUUGGGCUUUGGGCACUUCAAUAGGAAAUGAAGAACAAGGUAUAGAACACAAUUCAUUGUACACAUUUUUCAGUGUUAAUUUGGCAUUAACUGACCAAGGAUUUCUUCACACUUGUGAAACAAUUGAAGCAGUAUUUGCCUACAUAAAUAUGCUUAAAUAUUUAGGGCCCCAGGAAAGAAUCUUUGAUGAGGUUAAAAAUAUAACUGAUACUCAGUUUCGGUUUUCCCAGGAAGAACGGGCAGUUGAUUUUGUUGAAGAUUUAUGUGAGUCCAUGCAAUCAUAUCCUCCUAAGGACUACCUUACCGGUUCCGAGCUUUAUUAUGAAUAUGAUCCUGAUGCCAUAACUAUGGUUUUGGAUAAGAUGACACCAGACAAAGUCAACAUUUUGGUGUUAAGCAGAGACUUGCCUGCCGGUUACGAGUUUGACAAGCAAGAGAAGUGGUUUGGUACUGAAUUUACAGAUAGAGAGAUACCGCAGGAUUGGAAAAAGCAGUGGAAAAUUGUCAAACCUUAUCCGGAAUUAAGUGUGCCUCCACCAAACACAUACAUAACACAUGAUUUCACAAUUCUACCAGAGAUUGUAAACAAUCCCGAAUAUCCAAGUAAGAUAUUAGAUAAUUCUUUUGUUGAACUGUGGUAUAGAAGGGAUCAAAAAUUUAAGCUGCCCAUAGCCUAUUAUUAUUUUUAUUUGAUUAAUGUGAUGUCUAUUAAAUCACCCAAAUAUGCUUGUAUGGUCGAUAUGAUGGUAAACCUAAUCACUAUUGAUAUAGCAGAGGAAAUAUAUCCAGCUACUAGUGCAGGUCUCUCAUAUGAAUUUUCAAUGUUUGAAAGAGGUCUAGUUAUUAAAAUAUAUGGGUUUAAUGAAAAAUUGCCUAUGCUUAUAAAUGUAAUAAGCAAAUAUUUAACCUCCUUGAGUGAACAUCUAACACCAGUUAUGUUCAAUGCACUAAAAGAUAAACUGCUUAAAAGUUAUCACAAUAAAUUACUUAAGCCAUCUGGUUUGGCUAAGGACAUCAGGUUAAACUUGUUACUUAAAGACCAUUGGAAUCCUGCUGACAGAUACUCUGCAAUGCUCAAUGUUACUUGUGAAGAUUUGAAGUUGUUCAUGAAGGAUUAUUGUGAAACUUUAUUGGUUAAAUGUUUGGUACAAGGUAAUGUGGAGGAAGAAGUAGCAGUGAAAACUGUGAAUGAGUUUGUCAAUAAUCUGAAGUAUAAGCCACUGGAAAAAGAGAAUUAUCCCAAGUUUAAAGUGAUUAAAGUAUCAAAAGGUGAAAGAUGCUGUCGUAUAAUGAAUAUCAAUACCUCAGAUACCAAUUCAAUUAUCACUAACUACUAUCAAUCUGGGCCAGUAACAUUAAAAAAAAGCGUGAUUUUGGAAUUGAUUAUGUUGAUCAUUGAAGAACCACUAUUUGAUAUUUUGAGAACUAAAGAGCAAUUAGGUUAUCAUGUAUACUGUUCUUUAAGGGACACAUUUGGUGUUCUGGGUUACACAGUAACCGUAAAUGCUCAGGCUACGAAAAACACCACUGAUUAUGUUGAUCAGAGGAUAGAAAACUUUUUAAAACACACCCAGUAUUUACUUAAACAAAUGGAUCAACAGGAGUUCAUGAAGAUGAAAAGUAAUUUAAUUAAAACAAAACAGUGCACCGAUGUUCACCUAAAAGAGGAAGUCGAUCGUAAUUGGUCAGAAAUAACUGAGGAUAACUAUAUUUUUGACAGACUAAAACAAGAAAUCGACUUAAUACACACAUUGGAAGCAAAUGAAGUUAGAGAAUGGUGGGACAAUCACAACGCUUUUGGCAAUGGGGAAAACUUCAGGAAACUGACUAUACAAGUAGUUGGUCAUGAAAAAAAAGACAAUAGCGAUGGCGCAGAAUAUCAGCUUCCUACUGGUCAAAAAAUCAAGAUAAGAUGCAUUGGUUCCAAAGAAGAUUCUAAGAGUGAAAACAAGCACGAAAAUUAUUUCAUUGAGAGUAUUGAUGAUUACACACAAAGUUUGUCGGUGUUUUCUUUCCCUCACAAAUAGAACAGUGAAAUAGUAUGUCAUAAUUGCAUUUUUGAACGAAUUGUAAUUAUUUUGCGUAUAACGUACAAAAAAAAACAUUUUUUGCGUUUUUAUUGGGAACCGAAAAGAGUAACUUUAAAAUCUUUUAUUAUAGUGUGUA